AUCGCGGCUGUUAGAUCUCGAGACAGCUCCACGGUUCGAGGGCUGCAGAUUGGGGACUUCCGGAGCCAGGUUGGGGCCUGUUCUUCACACCUUCCCAACGAAAUCCCGAACGACUCUUCAGACGCGUACGAUUUUUGGUGCCUGUCUUUCAGGACCUUCAAUGAAUCAGUCAUAAUGAAACUUGCGAAUGUGUUGGUGAUAUGUAUUGGAUCGCGACAUAGGAAAAUGUAAGGGCUCUGGCGAGGACCACGAAGGACUGCAAUCGCCGAGGAGCGAGCGCAUGUGCGACCUGGAAAAACGCUCAAUACCCGACGCCACGCCAGGCUAUUUAAUUGAUUAUCCAAAUCCAUCUAUAUCCUUAUACGCAUUGUCGACUAAAACCAAACCAACGAAGCAAAUGCACUCGAAUUAUACAAAUCGAGUAAAACCAUUAAUUUAUUCGAAGAAUUCUGAAUGUUAUUCGAAGAAUGUAAAAAUAUUGCGCUGUUCGAUUUCAAAUGUCGUUUGUAUUCUGUCCCACUGUCGCCGCACGCAAGUGAGCCAAGGUCGAUGUCUCUGCUGCCUUCAAAAUUCACGUGUACGUAAAUAUUGGAAACAAAAUUUUAAAGCCAGUCAAAUAACAAAAUUUUUAUGCGACACAGCACUCGGCAUGUGGGUGUUCGGUUAUGGUUCGCUUAUCUGGAAAGUGGAUUUUCCUUAUGAAAAAAAGUUAAUAGGUUAUGUGAAGGGAUUCUCUAGACGUUUCUACCAGCAUAGCACAGAUCAUAGGGGAACGCCUGAAAAGCCAGGGAGAGUGGUUACGCUGAUUGACAGCAGCGCUGAUGACGAGGUUUGGGGUGUAGCGUACAAAAUCCGCGAUGCAGAUGUGGCCGAUGUGGUUGAUCACCUGGACUAUCGUGAGAAGGGUGGUUACCAGCGCAAGUCUGUGGUCUUCCACCCCAAAGAUCAAACGAUCCAGCCCUUUGAUAUCACCAUUUACGUAGGCACCAGCGAUAAUUUCCAGUACGCCGGAGAGGCAGACCUGGAAUCUAUUGCAAAGCAGAUCCAUUGCUGCGUUGGGCCCAGUGGUCCAAAUACCGAGUACAUCUUCAAUCUGGCGAUGGCAAUGCGUGACAUUGCGCCCGAAGUCGACGACGACCACCUCUUCACAUUGGAAGCGAUGGUCCAAAGGAUUUCACAUUCCACAUAGUAUUUUGUUAAUAAAUUAUUACUUUUGUUCCGCUUAAA